GUAAGUAACACAUCUAGGCUAGGGGACGCUACUCUGAGAGGAGACCAGGGCGCAGGCCGGAAGUGUGGCCACGUCUGCCAGCAGACAACCAGCCGCUAGAUUGUCAAAGAGAUAUAAGCUAUUCAUUCGACAAGAUGUCGUCACUAGUGGAUCAGCCAUGCUAUACGCUCAUUAACGUCUCUUCAGAUGCCGAACCUCCUACAGAACUACAGCUAAGGCAGGAUCUGGAGAAAGCCGACAUAAAAACCAAGGUAGAUGCUUUGAAGAAGGUCAUCCAAAUGAUUUUAAAUGGAGAAAAGAUGCCAUCUUUGUUGAUGACCAUCAUCCGUUUUGUAAUGCCUUUGCAAGACCACACCAUCAAGAAGUUACUAUUGGUGUUUUGGGAGGUGGUCCCCAAGUACCACCCUGAUGGCAAGCUCAUGCAGGAAAUGAUCCUGGUCUGUGAUGCUUAUCGUAAGGAUUUGCAGCACCCUAAUGAAUUUAUCCGUGGUUCCACACUGCGGUUCUUGUGCAAGUUAAAGGAACCAGAGCUGCUGGAGCCUCUGAUGCCAUCUAUCCGCCAGUGUCUGGAACAUCGCCACUCUUACGUACGACGCAAUGCUGUUCUGGCCAUUUACACAAUUUACAGAAAUUUUGACUUCUUGAUCCCAGAUGCCCCAGAGCUUAUUGCCACCUUCCUGGAGGGGGAGCAGGACAUGUCCUGCAAACGCAAUGCCUUUAUGAUGCUUAUCCAUGCUGACCAGGAACGAGCUCUGAACUAUCUGAGCAGCUGCAUCGAUCAAGUGACCUCAUUUGGAGACAUCUUGCAGCUGGUGAUUGUGGAGCUCAUCUACAAGGUGUGCCAUGCAAAUCCAGGGGAGCGAGCCCGCUUCAUUCGUUGCAUCUAUAAUCUCCUCAACUCUUCAAGCCCUGCAGUGCGGUAUGAGGCCGCUGGCACCCUGGUCACACUAUCCAGUGCUCCUACAGCCAUCAAGGCUGCUGCAACCUGUUACAUCGAGUUGAUUGUCAAGGAGAGUGACAACAAUGUUAAGCUGAUUGUACUGGACCGUCUCAUUGCGCUAAAAGAGGUGCCAUCACAUGAGAAAGUCCUACAAGAACUGGUCAUGGACAUACUGCGGGUUCUAGCAGCCCCAGAUUUGGAGGUGCGCAAGAAAACUCUGACCUUGGCCUUGGAGCUGGUGACAUCUCGUACCAUCGAGGAGAUGGUGCUAGUGUUAAAGAAAGAGGUGGUGAAGACCAACAAUGUGGAACAUGAGGACACUGGCAAGUACCGGCAGCUGCUUGUGCGCACACUUCACCAGUGCAGUGUCAAGUUUCCAGACGUCGCCUCAGCCAUCAUUCCUGUUCUUAUGGAGUUUCUAGGAGACACUAAUGAACUUGCUGCAGCAGAUGUGCUGGUCUUUGUGCGGGAAGCUGUACAGCGAUUUGACAAUCUUCGGCCGCUGGUCAUCAGCAGACUUCUAGAUGUCUUUCCCUCCAUCAAGGCAAUGAAAAUUCACCGAGCAGCCCUGUGGAUUCUGGGAGAGUAUUGCACAACGUCAGAGGAUAUCCAAAACGUCAUGACUCUAAUUCGCCAGGCCCUUGGAGAUAUCCCAAUUGUGGACGAUGAGAUCAAGAAGGCUGCUGGGGAGGUCAAGGAUGAUGAAAUGGUGACUGGUGGUGGCAUGCAGCGACUGGUGACAGCUGAUGGGACCUAUGCCACACAGAGUGCAUUUAGCACUGUUACUGUUAAAAAACAGGAAGAGAGGCCCCCUUUGCGUAAAGACAUGAUGGAGGGAGAGUUCUUUGUUGGAGCAGCAUUGGCAACCACCCUGACAAAACUGGCCCUGAAAUUUAUCCGCCUGACCGAGGAUGUUAAGCGUCAGAAUGCAUUUGUGGCAGAAGCCAUGUUGAUCAUGGCCACAAUCAUACAUUUAGGCAAGUCGGGCCUGUCUGAGAAGCCAAUCACUGAUGAUGAUGUGGAUCGCAUUGCAACUUGUCUCCGUGUUCUGGCUGAACGUUCGGACUUGAUGCAUGAGAUCUUUAACACUGCAUGUCGUGGGUCUCUCUCAAUCAUGUUGGCUGCAAAGAUACAGGAAGACAAGGCAGCUCAGGAGGCUGCAGAGAAGAAGGUCGUCAAGGUGCAGGCAGAUGAUCCAAUCAACUUCAGCCAGCUCAUCAACCGGGCAGACAUGGGGCCUGGAGAGAAUCUGUUUGAGCUGACCCUGUCCCAGGCACUUGGUGUGAGCUCCAAGAAGGAUGCUGACCCAGUUGGAUCAUCCAAGCUUAGCAAGGUGACCCAGCUGACAGGUUUCUCAGACCCGGUGUAUGCAGAAGCCUAUGUCAAUGUCAACCAGUAUGACAUUGUCUUGGAUGUGCUGAUUGUCAACCAGACAGCCGAUACCCUGCAGAACCUUACUUUGGAGCUGGCCACCCUUGGUGACCUGAAGCUGGUGGAGAAGCCACAGCCUCUCUUGUUGGCUCCUCACGACUUCUGCAACAUAAAAGCCAACAUCAAGGUGGCCUCCACAGAGAAUGGAAUCAUUUUUGGAAAUAUAGUGUAUGAUAUCACUGGAGCUACUAGCGACCGCAACUGUGUGGUGCUCAACGACAUCCAUAUAGACAUCAUGGACUACAUUGUGCCAGCUUCCUGCACAGACACGGAGUUCCGCCAGAUGUGGGCAGAGUUUGAGUGGGAGAAUAAGGUGACAGUCAACACCAACAUCACAGACCUUAGCGAGUACCUGGUUCAUGUCAUGAGCUGCACUAACAUGAAGUGCUUGACACCAGAAAAGGCACUGUCAGGGGAAUGUGGCUUCAUGGCUGCCAACAUGUAUGCACGCUCAAUCUUUGGGGAGGACGUUCUGGCCAACUUGUCUAUUGAGAAGGCUCUGCACAUGGGCAAAGAUGCAGCUGUGCAAGGCCAUGUUCGUAUCAGAGCCAAGAGUCAGGGAAUGGCACUCAGUAUGGGUGACAAGAUCAACCUGUCUCAGAAAAAGCUGUCCAAGACCAUAUCAGCCUAAAUGCCUGUUCUCUCCAUUUGCUAGACUAAUUUAAGGACGUCAUCAAAAGCUUAAUAACAGAACAGGACUUUAAAUGUUUCAUGAGGCAGAAAUUUCUUGAAGCUGUAUUAUGCUCUUCAUGGUAUAAUUAUCAUUGAAGAACUUUUUUUAGAGGACUGUAAAAAUUAACUGUAAUUUAGGGUUGUUAAAACUGCAGUGAUUCAUAGUUGUCUGAAUUUGAAGUUCUUUAGUAAAUCAUUGUAAAAGAUUGAUGUAGUGUGCUGGUUCAUAAUUAAAAUGUGCUGUUCUUUCUAAAAUUACACAUAAAAUGCUUUCUAAAUGUUACAAUUUCCUCAAACGCAAGUUGCACACACCACCUAAAUGAAAGGUCAUUCACUAGAUAACGGCUGAAAAAAGGAGCAAGAACAAGUGUGAAUUGCAAUGUUCCCGUGAAGGGUGUGUUAUAGUGUCGUCCACAGCCGACACUGUGCUGACCUAUAGUUGGUUUUCUCUGUAGUUCAUGUAGUUGUUUACUAUAGUAGGGUGUCUAUAAUUAGUAUAGUUCAUUUACUUGUCAGUUUAAACCACUAGCAUAUUACAAACCAGCAUGAAAAAGAUUGGUUGACUUAGCCUUAAAUAAAAGCAGGGAAAAUGGAA